GACCGGAACGUCGACGGGCGGGUGGAUGGACAGCAUUUCAGGGAACUGGAGCAGCAUUCCUCCCGUUUGCCCUCCUACCACCAGGGGGCGCAAACAGGUCCUCUGGUAAAGCUUUUGACCGGGAGGAACGAGGCAGCUGAGCUUCCGGGUCAUUCUUUUUUCAACAUGUGUGUUAGUUCCGCGUGAGGACCGGCGUGAAGAUGAAGUUCGCUUACAAGUUCUCCAACUUGCUUGGCACAGUUUACCGAUGUGGAAAUCUGAAUUUCACUCCAGAUGGGAACUCUCUGAUCAGUCCUGUGGGAAACAGAAUUACUGUUUUUGACUUGAAAAAUAACAAGUCUGAGACGCUACCACUGGCAGCCCGAUAUAAUAUCACAUGUGUGGGACUUUCUCCAGAUGGAAACCUGGCCAUACUUGUUGAUGAAGAGGGAGCUGCUUUGCUUGUCAGUUUGAUCAGUAAAUCUGUGAUCCACCAAUUCAACUUCCAGAAGCCUGUGCGUAGUGUCUGCUUCUCCCCAAAUGGAAAGAAAUUUGUGGUCACAAAGGACAAGGUUGCUUUGAUGUACCAUGCUCCAGGGAAGAAACGAGAAUUUAAUGCGUUUGUCCUUGACACAACUUAUUACGGUGCAUAUGAUGAAACAACUUGCAUAGACUGGACUGAUGAUUCAAAAUGUUUUGCAGUUGGUAGCAAGGAUAUGUCAACUUGGGUUUUUGGUGCAGAACGGUGGGCCAAUCUGAUUUAUUAUGCUCUGGGAGGUCACAAGGAUUCCAUUGUUUCCUGCUUUUUUGAAGAAAACAGCCUAGAUUUGUACACUAUUAGUCGAGAUGGGGCUUUGUGCGUGUGGCAAUGUGAUACAGAACUAAAUGGCUUGAAACCUAGAAUGCCCAAACAACAAUCUGAAGACAAAGAGGAACUGACAAACGACCAAGAGGAAGAGUUCACAGAAGAGCCAUGGGGCAAAGAGAUUCACGGGAAAGUUAAUGAAAAUGAACAAGAGAGUAGGAAAAAAGUGAAAUACUCCUGUGCUGCCAAGUAUUUUUUCAACAAAGAAGGAGAUUUUAAUAAUCUGACCUCUGCAGCAUAUCACAAGAAAACCCAUCUGCUGGUCACUGGCUUUGCUUCUGGAAUUUUUCACCUCCACGAGCUUCCAUACUUCAACCUCAUCCAUUCUUUAAGCAUUUCAGACCAGAAAAUUGCAGCUAUUUCUAUCAACAGUACUGGUGACUGGAUUGCUUUUGGAUGUGCAGGUCUGGGACAGCUCUUGGUGUGGGAGUGGCAAAGUGAGUCCUAUGUGUUAAAGCAGCAAGGCCACUUCAGCAAUCUGGUGUCACUGGCAUAUUCCCCUGAUGGACAAUACUUGGCAACUGGUGGGGAUGAUGGGAAGGUUAAGGUAUGGAACACCACCAGUGGCUUCUGCUUUGUUACCUUUACAGAACAUACCAGCAGCAUAUCUGCUGUGACAUUUACAUCCUCAGGUUAUGUAAUUUUGAGUGCAUCUCUGGAUGGAACAGUGCGAGCUUUUGAUCUUCACAGGUAUCGCAAUUUUCGCACGUUUACAUCUCCUCGACCAACUCAGUUCUCUUCCUUAGCUGUAGACAGCAGUGGUGAGAUAAUUUCAGCUGGUUCUCAGGAUUCUUUUGAAGUAUUUCUGUGGUCUAUGCAGAGUGGACGACUCUUAGAUGUCUUAGCUGGCCAUGAAGGCCCCAUCAGUAGCUUGUGUUUUAACCCAAUGAAAUGUGUUCUAGCAAGUGCCUCUUGGGAUAAGACAGUCAGAUUGUGGGAUAUGUUGGAUAGCUGGAAGACCAAGGAAACCCUUGCACUGAACUCAGAUGUGCUGGCUGUUGCCUUUUCCCCGGAUGGUAAUGAACUUGCAGUUGCUUCCUUGGAUGGUCAGAUAACCUUCUGGGAUCAUGACAAUGCAGUGCAGACUGGCUCAAUUGAGGGAAGACAUGAUCUACAGAUGGGAAGAAAGGAACUGGACAAAAUAACAGCCAAACAAGCUGCUAAGGGGAAAUCUUUCACUACUCUCUGUUACUCAGCUGAUGGGCAGUCCAUUCUGGCAGGAGGGAUGUCAAAGUUUGUUUGUAUUUAUCACAUUAAAGAACAGAUAAUCAUAAAGAAAUUUGAAAUAUCCUGCAAUCUUUCCUUAGAUGCAAUGGAGGAGUUUCUGGAUCGCAGGAAAAUGACUGAAUUUGGAAGCAUGGCAUUAAUAGAUGAAGGAACUGGGGAUGAUGAUGGUGUGGCCAUUCCUCUGCCAGGGGUUAAAAGAGGUGACCUGAGUUCUCGACAUUUUAAACCAGAGAUAAGAGUGACUUGCCUCCGCUUCUCUCCUACUGGACGAAGCUGGGCAGCAACCACUACGGAAGGCCUUCUGAUCUACUCUUUGGACUCUGGUUUGAUCUUUGAUCCAUUUGACUUGGAAAUUGACAUCACUCCUAGCAAUGUUCACACAGUAUUACAUCAGAAGGAGUAUGCCAAGGCAAUUGUCAUGGCUUUUCGACUGAAUGAGAAGAGACUGAUUCAAGAAGUCUUGGAAAAUGUUCCAUAUAAUGACAUUGAGGUGAUCUGCUCAUCACUACCAGAACUGUAUGUAGAAAAAAUGCUGGAAUUUUUGGCCUCUUCCUUUGAGACGUCUCGUCACUUGGAAUUCUACCUCUUGUGGACUCAGAGAUUGCUUAUGCUGCAUGGGUGCAAGUUGAAAACAAGGUCAGGAAAACUUCUACCUACCAUUCAGUUUCUUCAGAAGAACAUUCAGUGCCACUUUGAAGAGGUUUCCAAACUUUGUGACUGGAAUUGCUAUAACAUGAAAUAUAUUCUGGCCAUUUCACAACAACGUGGAAUGAAACGCACCGCAGAAGAGUCUGAAAAUGAUGAGGACCUGCAGGAUUUGGAAGAGUCCAGAAAUGAUUCUCCCAUGGAAGAAUCAGUUGUGCUUUCAUGAGAACCACUUAUUUUAUUAGUUCUGAAGAUGCUUCUUAGAACCCACACGGAUUUUUAAAAAGAACUGAACAGCCCUCAUAGGGACUUAUUUUAUGUAACUGAUAUGGGGAAGGGCAGCAACUUGAUUGAACAAGGUUUCUUGCCUCCUUCUUUGUAUCUUUGUAUUCUUCUGAAGGAGCAGAAUAACAAAAUGAAUAUGUAAAUUUUAAGCAAAACAUGCCUGUGUUAAUUUGUCAGUCAAGAGAAGUGGUCAAAGUAUAUGGGGUAGAGUCUAAAAUUCCCCAGGUAGUUAUCCUCUCACACUUUAAGAGGUGUUAACCUGCCUUUUCCAGUGGCAGUUCCUGGUGUGCUGCCAAAAGUAGAAGUCCUCCAGGGCUUCUGGUUGGAGAAAAUAUUUUUCCCUCCACUUGUCUGCAAGUGCUUUCUCCUUAUGAGCGGGAUAACGGGUUGGAUUUCAGGCCUGGCUCUUUCUCUGAUGUUAGGUAAAACGUGUAAAAGUAAGAAAAUCAUGUUGUUAAUUUUCUGUUCUCCAUCCCAAUUGGUAGGGAAGAUUACUGGUAGGGAGCCUUCAAAGUUCCGAAGAGGUAGUUGGACUGCUUUUCAUAAUGUGGGAAGCAUAAUGUGAUCCUCAGAGUACUGCAGUAAAUGUGUUUAUUGUUUGUACAUUUUUUUACAAAGGUAAAAAAAUGAUUACCAAAUUGAUUACCAAAUCAGAAAAGAGAGAGAAUGAGCUGGUAUUGUAUCUCAUAAGGCUAUGUUUGUAUGCUUUUUUUUUGAGGAAAUGAUAAUUUUUAUGCAGUCUUGAGGGUGUCCAUGCAGUUAAGCAUGUCGGUUACAAAGCCAAGCUAUUUAGUUUUACAGAGGUCCAAAAGUCCAUGUUCCUGUGCAUGAACAGGGAGUGGAAGAGGCAGUGUUUCAAUCCUUCUCUAAAGGGAUUGUUUACUUUUGUAAAACAGUCUAUUUUUUUGGUAAAAUUAUUGUUUUAAAUUUUUGUAAUAUAAUCUGUGUGGAUUCUUUUUAUAUAUUUUGUUUCCACAAGACAGCUGUAGAUUUGGGAGAGAAACACUCAGCAUUGUGCAUACAUUCUCACAUUUUUAUGAAUAAACAAGUGGAGAAUCUACUAGGA